AUGUCCGAGGAAAUCGAUCCGCAGGAGUUUCAGCAACGCAUCCGGCAGCUGGGCGAGCAGCGUGACCAGCAGGAUGCAGCGAGAGCCAAGAAGCUGGAGGACGAUUUAAUGGCAAGCCGCAGCGAGCGGUUAGCGCGUCGAGCUGACCGCGCGCGAUCCAUCUCGCCCGACAAGCCCCAGUCGCUGUACCGCUCUUCCGUGCACACGCCGCAGCAGGUGCAGGAGCAAGCCGCCAGCACCCCUACGCCCGCCAUGAGCCCGCCGCAGCACGACGACGCGUCUGCGCGCGAGGAGUCGCUGCAGCAAUUGACCAGCGCCCCGGCGCCCGACGACGGCGAUCCGCAGAAGCCGACGAGUGCAGCAGCAUUGGGCCGCUCGGGCACGCUCUCGUGGAAGCAGCGCCCGCAGUCUGGCAGCACCCGCAGGCCCCUGUCCGUCGCCAGGCCGAGCUCGCGGGACGCCUCUGCCCCGGCCUCGCCCGAACGCCCGCUGUCGAGGACCCAGAUUGCAGCAUCGCUGGGUGCGAAAGACCCGACCUACUUUCGCCAGACGGCAGACCGCGGCGUGGGCUCGGCGGCAUACAGGAAGAACGAGGACGACAAUGCUUCCGAUGCCGGCUCCAUAAGCAAGAGACAGCUGCCGGGCAUGUCUCGUGACUCGACCAUCUCGAGAGAGUCGACGGCAUCCCUGAAGGCGCCCGAGUUGGCCAGCCCGCCAAGCGAGAGCACGCCCUCGAGCCGGCCUACGUCGAGGGGCGGCUCUACGCGAGGCAGCACCGCAAUGAGCAACCGCUUUUCUACGGCCACAUCCACAAAAGAGCCCGAGCUGGCGAGCCUGCCGACCGAAAGCACGCCCUCGAGCCGGCCUACGUCGAGGGGCGGCUCCACACGAGGCAGCAUUGCCAUGAGCAACCGCUUCUCCGCUGCGACGUCCAUGUCAGGAGGCGAGCUGGACACAGCAUCGAUACGGUCGCCCCUUCCAACACUCGAGUCGCAGAAGUUUGCCCCGCCUUCAGAACAAGGGGCUACAGGAGAAAGUGGGGACAGUGCAGGGGCAGCACGCGAACCUUUCAUGUCACCGACGCAAGGGAGGAUAUCGCCAGAGCGUGAGCGGUCUACGUCUCCAACAAAGGGCAUGGGCAGUUUCGUGUUGAGCGCAAGCAUGAAGCGCGGCGACAGCGUCAGCAAGAGAUGGAGCACUCAGACGCCUCCAACACCGAGCAGGCAGGGCUCAAGCUUGAGCAACCGAAGUAGUGCCAUGUCUGGGUUUGGCACCUUGUCCAAGCUUGAACGGCCGACAAGUCUGAGCAGAGAGCAGUCUGCUGACGACCCUCCCUCUCGCCCACAGUCGAGCUCCAGUAACACCACUAUGAGAGGCCUUGGUAUCGACGUUGCACCCAAAGACGAGUUUGUGAGGCCUGCAAUACCGAAUCGUCACAGCCGCAGCAAGUCGGUGCAUUCCACGUUCAGCAACAGGGAUAGUGGCGAGGACGGAGAUCGUCCCUCCACUCCGUCCAAGCGCUGGAGUCCAAGCAAGUCAAGCUGGCUUGAGAAUGCCUUGAACAAGCCAGAAUCGCCGAAACUGAUGGCUCCAGCGUCCCCCUCACAACCAGCGUGGAUGGCUGAGCUCAGUCGUGCAAAGCAACAGCGUGGAAGCGUCGACCUUGGUAAAGGCAGUCCGAUAAUGACCCCCUUUGGUGAAAAGUUGGAAUCGCGGCCAGCAUCACCGCUCAAAGAGCUUCAGUCUCCUAAACUGGAAUCCCCUAAUCUGGAGUCUCCUACAUUGGAUGCUCUCAAACUGGACCAUUCGAAAUUUGACCCGUUCGGAAAGGAGGAGCCCAAGCUAUCGCAGAUAUCGCCGUUACAAGCGCCAGUCGCUGAACCAAGACCCUCAUCACCCCUGAAAGAAGAGAUCAAGCCAUCAGACAAGACGGGGGACGUCGAAGAGCCCGAACACAUCGAAAAGGCUGCACCUGUCGAGGUUGAAUCUACACAGCCCGAAGCCAAAAAGGCCGAGCCAGAAACUCCAAUGACACCAGUGGACGCUCCUGAAAAAGACAAAGAGGUAGCGGCAUCACCAGCUCCAACGAAGUCAGUUUUGUCGCGCUUCCCGCCCGCUGUCAACGCGAAGCCGAAUACGCCGCCUAAGAAGGAUUUUCGUGCGGGUCUGAAGUCGCGGCAAGCGGCUCAAGCGGAGAGCCCGAAGUCUCAGAGUGCAGCGCAGUCAGAACUUCAGAACGUGUUUGGCAAGUUGAGAAAGGCAGAGACGAAGAACUUCGUCGCACCCGAUGUCUUUAAAGCCAAUAUCGUGGGUGGUAAGAACGCUUUGAACAUCACAGGUGGUCCCAAGCCUACUGUGCGUCGCGACGAGUUCCGAGAGAGCCUGAAAGAGAAGAGAUCGUCCAUGCUAGACAAAGCUCAGGAGGAAGGUUCGACGCUCAAACGAUCAGAGAGCAUAUCGAAGCCUGCUGAGAUACCAGAGGCCAUUGCGAUACGAGGAAGACUUGAUCGAUCAAAGAGCAUAUCAAAGUUCCCCAUCGCACCCAAAGAAGAAGAGAAGAAGCCUGUCCCAGAAGCGCUAGCAAGGAAGAAGAGUUUGCGAGGAAUCGAGCGACCUAACCUUGACAUGAAGGAUGACAAGCCCGCGUCGCCAGCUCCACUCUUUGCACAGAAGUUUCCCCCUAAGGAAGAGGAGAAGAAGCCUGUCCCAGAAGCGCUAGCCAGGAGGAAGAGUUUGCGUGGAAUCGAGCGACCUAAACUUGACACCAAGGACGAUAAGCCCGCGUCGCCAGCUCCGCUUUUUGCGCAAAAGGACAACAGCAAACCCAACAAAUUAGCAGGUCGGUUCAACCCUGCGUUAGCUGGGAUGUUAGCUCGAGGUCCUCCCAUGGCAACAGAGAAGUCAACUUCAAGUGUUGGUGGAUCAUCGCCCUCAAGGCCUGCUCAGGACGAACCAUCAGGGCCCGCUCCUGAGUUGACGCACAUGACCAAAGGGCGCGCGCGUGGACCAAAGAGGAGAAACCAGGGAGCUAAGAAGUCGACCCCGGAACCAGAGAAGGCCCCCGAGAAGGUGAAUGCCACCAUCGCUGCUGCCCCCUUGAUCAAGCCCCGCCAAGUCCUUCCCAGCUCUGAACCACCCAAGGCUAACGGAACGGCAGAGGAGCUCUCUGCCAGAGAGCCCAUAGUCGAGACACCCGUAAAAUCAGUCGAGCCACGCAAGCCCUUUGCAAGGAGAGUCUCUGGCACGCCAAUCACUUCACAGCAGUCACCUAGGCCAGAUUCCAUUGGGACGCCAAAGACGGCAUCACCAGCUGUGCCGAAGAAGUCUGAGAGGAUAUCACCAGAGUCUAUUGAGACACCAAAGACAGCAUCGCCGGUCGUGCCGAAGAAAUCCGAGAGGAUAUCGUCUGGAUCUUACAGCGUUGCACAACAGUCACCCAAGCCGGAGUCGAUAACAUCACCUUCCGUUUCAUCGCUGAAAUCGUCAAAGGCCGAGUCAAAGCCCGCGUCACCAUCGCCACCCACUUCGUUCUCAUCCUCGAGGUUCUCGAGGCCGUUACCUACACCUCCUCCUAAAGAGUCACUAAAGCCUGCUGCGCUGAGGGAGACUCCUACUCCCAAUGCUGAGGUAUCUCCAGUCAAGAAUGAUGAUCACUCACCGCAGAAGUCAGGCUUUUCCUCUGUCAGGGCCGCAACGGCUUUGUGGGGUCAACAAUCGGCGCCUUCGUCACCGGCAGUACCCAGGACAAAGUCCCCAAUCAAGCUUCCCACUCAGGCAGACGAGAAAGCUGCGAUGAAGGUUGCUGGUCUUGUUCGAUCUCCCGAAUCAGAGACUGCCCCUAAGCCUGAGGCCCUGGCCCGCCCUGAAUCCCUUGGCUCGAAACCUCUUCCACCCGCGCCUCUGCAGCCGAAGUCUAAACCAGCAGGCCUCGGCUUCAAGCUAAGCGGAUUUGGCAGUUUUGGAAGCAGUGCAGCAUCUCGCUCACGAGACCCGAGCCCACGAUUCUCCAAAGACCUCCCAAUGUCACCGCCCAGGAGCGCGGAUAAGCCACAGCCGGACACUCCCAAGUCAGCCCGUGCACCAGUUGCACCCAAGCAUGACGGGAUGUUUUCCGAAUUCUUUGAUGAGGCUCCUAUGACUGAGGGACAGCUGCCUGAAACUAUCGACGCAGUGCAAGUGCUUCACUCGCCACCGUUCGAUCUCGGGCCAGCCGGGAAAAUACGAACUCAGAAGCAAGAGAUUCAUGAAAUCACAGGAGAUGGCAAGAUGCUUUCGAUUGCAUCGCACGAACAGCACAUACUCUUCCAAGACUCUAUGUACAUCUGUACACAUGUGUACAUCAACUCAAAGGGCGUUAAGAGCACCGAUGUCUACUUGUGGGCAGGAAAUGGAGUAGCAGAAUCGAAUAUCGAGGAUGCGCAACUGUUUGCACGAAACCAUGCAAGGCAAAACCAGGCGAAGCUACUUACUCUUCGUCAAGGCAACGAGCCACCUAAUUUCUUCGAUGCUCUUGGAGGCAUUGUCGUCACCAGGCGCGGGUCCAACCCGGCGUCGAAACAGUUUAUGCUUUGCGGCCGUCGUCACCUUGGACACCUUGCCUUCGACGAAGUUGACUUCUCAUUGAACAGCUUCUGCUCCGCUUUUGUCUACCUCAUUUCUACCGAAGCUGGCAAGGUAUACCUUUGGAAGGGUCGUGGUUGCUCCGCCGAGGAGCUGUCUGGCGCAAGACUCAUGGGUAUGGAUCUCGCACCUACAGGGGACUUCCAGGAAAUCGAUGAAGGCUCUGAGCCACAACACCUCAUCAACAUCUUCCCCCCGCCGACGCACAAAGGACCCGCUAUCCCCCGCUCGGCUGACCACUGGCGUUACAAGGCAACAUCGGACCGCUACCGCGCACGGCUGUACAAGAUAGACCAGCAACAAGAGGUCUCAGGAGGAUGGGGACAAAGCCUGCAGGUGGGUUCCUUCUUCGCGAACCUGCGCCGCGGCUCGUUUGCGCAGACGCUUUCUCCCACUUCCACUGGCGCACACGCUGAACACGGCCCACAGACGCCCAUCACCCCUAAGAGCCCACUGCCGCCGGGAAUCACGACAAAGGUUGUGGAGAUUAUGCCCUUCUGCCAGCGCGAUCUGGAGCCUGAGUACAUCUACGUCCUUGAUGCGUUCUUCGAGAUGUACAUUAUCGUCGGCGCUCUAGCACGCAGUCAGGCUCCUGCGUUCUCUACAGCCUUGAUGCUCGCGCAGGAGUACGGCAUCCUGGCCGUCUCAGAAGAAGACCGCCCUUUCAUGCCUGUCACCACAAUUGUUCUCGAAGGCGUGCCACGCGAUAUGAAGGCAGUCUUCAGACACUGGAACGACGCAGUCAUUCCCACUGGCGAGCUCAUGAGCGGCAGCUUCAAGCGCCGCAAGAGCUUGAGGAUCGUUGGCCUCGAGAAGGCCAUCCAGGGGACAAGGGGGUAG